AACAAAGUACUUCUUGCAGUAGUGUGACAUAAAUCAUGCAGGGUCAAAGGUCCACGCGCAAAAAUGCGUCACUUCCUGUAUUAUUUUACUCAAGCAUGCUAAACGAGUUCUAAUGCUGUUUCGAAAACUAGAUCGAAAGCUCUAAUGCUAAUAGUCUAUGAUAGUCUGUCUAUUAAGCAUGAGUCCCUAAAGGAGGAAGGUUUGGUUAAGACUCUACUGCUCUUAGCGCGAUCUCUGGAUGUAAACAGUAGAAUUCCUAUUAACCUUCGAUUUCCCAGUGGAGAUGACGAUGAUGAUGAUCAUGCGAACGACGAUAAAAUAUGUUACGUAGUCAUGCUGUUGAUGAGGAUAUUUUUCAGUUGUGCAGAACCAUGGACACAGAUGCAACCACUUCACCACUCUCGCUACCGACCGGCACAAGUUUUGAGACGACUAUACUUACAGCCACACGCGCUAUCCUCGCCCUCAUUAACGUGACCAGUAACUCUCUUGUCAUCUGGAUCGUUUAUCGACAUCGACAGAUGACGUCAUCGCUCAACAGCUACCUGCUGAUCAACCUAGCCUUGGCUGACGUCAUGGUAGCGAUAUUUAUAACUCCUCAGUACGUGUUCCAGCAAACUUUCACUCACCCUGGGGGGAGGGCUGGGGACUGGCUUUGUAAGAUGAUCACUGGCGGAAAUUUCAUCUGGGUUGGCAGCGCGGCGUCAGCUUUCACUCUCGUUGCCAUAGCAAUGGAAAGGUACUACGCAUUCGUGCAUCCAUGUGGUCACCAACUGACCAAGAGGCGGCUGACCAUGAUCAUCGCAGGCUCAUGGAUAUACGCCAUUGUCACAAACAUCCCACUCUUUAUUGUGAUUGGCUACGAAAAUCACGGCGACGACUUCAACUGUCCUGAGAAAUGGAGCAACCAAACAAUACGCAAGCUCUACACGGUCGGCGUCUUCGUCCUUUUUGGUGUCAUCCCUAUUGUGAUGAUGACGAUUCUUUAUCUCAGAGUAAUAAAGGUUUUGUGGGAGCCGAAUAUCUUACCAACACAAGAAGAAAUCGUGAAAAAACGACGCAAGGCUACCAAGAUGAUGCUGUUGGUGACAGUGCUGUAUUUCGUGUGCCGUUUACCGAAUGUUAUUCUUUACAUGCUGUGGCCUUAUAAAGACUUUUACGGAUCUUUUCGCGUCUCGUAUGUUAUUAGUAUUAUCCUAGUUGGGCUCAACUCUACCAUGAACCCGUUCGUCUACAGUCUUCACAGUUCGAGAUUCAAGGAGGAGUUCAGGCGGUGGUUUGUUAGUGCGAAUACUGGGGAGAGAGAGAGACUGUUGGUCAAGGACAACAAAGAGUUUAACUAUGGUUACGAGAGGUUUGAUCGAUAGUGACACCCGUACGUCUAUACAGUUCGAUAUUUAAAGAUGAGAACAAGAAUGGAUUCAGAAGAGAGGGGAAAGCCGCUAAAAAAGGACACUGAGAUGCAUACACAAUAGUUGUGCAGAUAGAAGAAUGAAUGAAGUUCAGUGGCUACAAACUAUAACAACGUGUACAUUUAAACCCAUUCAAGUGAGAUUCUAAUGUCAAUCAUUUAUCUACUA